CCGCCGUUAGUGCGCAUGCGCAGGAUGUCCGUCACUCGGCGGAACGGGCGUAAUCUACAGUGCGUGUGGGGUGAAAUUGCUACCGAGGUGUGAGCACUUUUAUAAUGUUUUGCUGAGCUGAGUCGUCAAUCUAUUUCUUGAAACCAAGACGCAAAAGGAGGAACAGCUACAAUGCUGCGUGUGUGUUGGAAAGGUGCAAACACAGCGGCGCGGAAAUGCCUGUGUGAAAACGUGGCGGUCCAUCCCCGGCAACACUGCCGUCGUUACACCUCAGCUGGAAACUCUGGGUCUGCCGCAGGUAAGAUUGUGGCUGCCAGUCUUCUGACGGUCGGCGGAGGCCUGGGUGGAACAAUCCUCUAUGCCAAAUGGGACCCCAAAUUCAGAACGAAUAUUGAAAAGAGUGUACCCUAUUCUGAUAAACUGUUUGAGCUGGUGCUUGGUCCCCCUCCACCACCACUUGUCCCUUUGCCGAAGAAACCGGCAAAGGUUGAACCACUGCAGAUAUCGUCAGUGUCUGAAACUUCAAAAGACUCAAAACAGCCAAAAGCAAAAGGCAAAGCUAAAGAAAAGCAGCCUGAGUCAGCGCCUGUGGAAGCCACCCCUGCUCCUGCUGUAGAGGAGACUUCAGCACAGUCGUCACAGACCCUGGAGGAGGCCUCAGCUGAGGCGGCCCAUAUCAUUUCAGCCAUCAGCGAGGUGCAGUCUGUUCCCGCCCCGGGCACCAGCCAUGAGCCAGCUGCUGUGCCCCCUGCAUCGACUCCCUCUCCGACCAAGGCUGGGGCAGCUGAAGAAUGUCACGAGUGUGCUCACCACGAACCGGCAAUGAAAGAGCGGCCCAUGGAGGAAGUGGCUGCCCGCUUGGCUCAGCAGGACCAGGCUGAACAGGAGACUCUGGCAGCUUUAUCAGCUGGACUGGAGGAGGCCCUGGGAGCCUCUGCCAAGCUUACCCUACACGCCAUCGGAGCCCAGGAGGCAGCGCUCCUCGCCAUCAACACACACACACACAGACUCCGAGAGGCCAUGGACUCAGAUGAUUCUCCAGAUAAGAAGUCAGCUCAGUGGAGAGAUCUGGAGGAUGCACUCAGUCAGCGCACACACGCUGUGGACCAGGCUGGACAGGCUCUUCUCCAAGCCAAAGAACAGCUUGAGAAGCUCAGAGGUGUGAUCAACAGCGCUAAGGAAACGAAGAUUGAUGCCUCCAGACCCCAAAUUCUGGCUGCAGAGGAAAAUCUGCACAGUAUGAUUGUGGAUCUGGACAAAGUUGUAACCAAAGUACAGUCAGCUCAGUCCGAGGCAAAGAUUGUGUCUCAGUACGGUGAGCUAGUGAAGGAGGCCAAGGCUCAGUUCCAGAGAGAGCUCAGCAACAUCACGCCUGAAGUCCAGGCCAACUGGAAGGGUCUCAGGAAGCUGAGUGCUGAUGAUCUGAAUUCACUGAUUGCCCACGCUCACCGGCGUAUCGACCAGCUAAACCGUGAACUGGCUGAGCAGAGAGUGCGUGAGCAGAUCCGCAUCGAAACAGCACUGGACCAGCAGAAGCAUGAGCACCAGAAAUCUGUGGAGCAGGCUGUGGCCACUGCACUGGAGCACCACCGUGAGGAGAAGAGACUCGAGCAGGAGAAGAAAGUGCAGGAAGUGCGGGAGGUGAUGGAGGCAGAGAUGAGAACUCAGCUGCGCAGGCAGGCAGCCGCACACACAGACCACCUGCGCGAUGUGCUUAAAGUGCAGGAACAGGAGCUGCGGGAGGAGGCUCAGGAGACUCAGAACAGUAAGCUGAUGGAGCAGGAGAUGCACUACCGCCGUUUGUCCCAGGAGCAGCUAGACUCCUUCACCCUGGACAUGAACUCUGCCUACGCCAGGCUCAAGGGCAUAGAGGAGGCCAUUGACAGUCAUGUAAUUGCCGAGGAGGAAGCACGUAAAGCUCACCAGCUGUGGUUAUCUGUGGAGGCUCUAAACUAUGCAAUGAAGACUGCAGUGGCAGAUUCACCCUCUGAGCCUCUAGAGGGCGCUGUGCUCGCCAUCAAAGAGAGCUGCGCACAGGAUGAGUUCACCCAGGCCUUGACUUCAGCCCUGCCCGAGGAGUCAAUAAAGCGUGGCGUCUACAGUGAGGCCUCACUGCGUGCCCGCUUUUAUGAAAUCCGUCGGAUUAUCCGACGCGUGGCGCUAAUCGACGAGACACGUAACAGUCUGUACCAGUACUUCCUGUCCUACUUGCAAUCCAUCCUGCUUUUUGAGAAGGAACAAGAGGUGCCACCAAGCAAGCUGGUGCCAGAAAACCUCGACCCUUUCAAGCUACUCGCCUAUGCCACCUACAGUGUGGAGCGUGGUGACCUUGAGCUAGCCGCUAAGUUUGUUAACCAGCUGCGUGGCGAGGCACGACGUGUGGCUCAGGACUGGCUCAGAGAAGCCCGGCUCACUCUGGAGACCAAACAGGUGGUCAGUUUGCUGUCAGCGUACGCCAAUGCCGUAGGCUUAGGCACCACACAGGCGCCUUAAAUCGCACACAUCGGAAAAAAGUUAAGAGUUAAUAAAUAAUGAGGACUGCUGCCCAUCUGCUGCUAACAGCAACCUGCCCUCUGAUUAAUUUAUACACUAGCCCAGGUUGGGUUUGUGUUAUUUGUUUUUUUGUUUUGUUUUUUUUUUUAAAUUGUUGAAAGCACUUUUGCAAGAAAGCUUUAUCCUGAAAUAAUGGCCUGUCACCUAAUGUCUGUAUUCAUAAUAUCUCUAGGUACAGAUCUCUUAAGGGCACUGCAUAGCACCCUACACUGUUUAUAUUUUUGAGUGUGUGUAGCAGACAGAUGGCUCUUCAGGUCAAUACAAGGCUGAACCUUGUUUGUUCACCUGCUGGAGAUUCAAAGCUUCAGGUUCAGUAUCCUGAUUAUUAUGGUUAUUAGUCAGGGGUUUGGAAAUGGUCAGAUCUGUUUUUGUCAUGCUAUGGUUAUGAUUCUGCCCCUCAGUACUGGAUGUUAAUAAAUCAAGGAUGUUGA